CGAUGCUUCGUGGAAGAGUCCGAAGGCUUGAUAGGCCACCCGCUCCGCCCUUGCAAAGUUGCCACCAUCCAUGGCCAUGGGUGUACACUUUCCUCAGUCAGCCAUUGGCACAGCUUCUGUCACAACGCCAUAAAGCCAGCCAUUUCUUGCCAUGCUACCAGCAGGGAGAAAAUGGCAACCGGGGCGUUGCACAUGGGCAGAGUCAAAAACAGAGCUGCAAUCAAGACCACCGGAACCCAAAAACCCUUCUUCCCCCACCCCCUGAGCCGAAACACCAGUGGAGAGAAACCUUCUCCACCACCAUACGUCCAUACCUCCAUUAUUUACCAUCAGCUAGCUUGGACGAGCAGGGGAAUCUAGCAGAAUGCAGUUCGCCGGAGCCAUCCUGCUCCUCAUGCUCGUCCCCUGCGCCGAGGGACAACCGCCCGAGGCGACGCCGGCGGGGGGCUUGGCGAUCGAGCAGAUCCUGUCAAAGAACGGGUGCGGCGCCUUCGCCGGCCUCGUCGCCGCCACGGCCGGCGUGGGCCAGGUGCUCCGCGAGCAGAGCGACGCGGGGCUCGCCGUGUUCUGCCCGGACGACGGCGCGGUCGCGGCGUUCGCCCCGCGCUUCAGCAACCUGACCGCCGACCGCCAGGCGGCGCUCCUUCUCCACCACGGGCUGGCGGCGCGCUCCGGCGAGGUGGAGCUCUGGCUGAUCCACCGCCGCGGGCCAAUCGAGGUGCGGACGCUGGACGGGGGCCGCUGGGGCCACGGCGUGCUCAGCAUCUGCUACCUGGGAGGCGCCAUGCAGCUCGCCUCGUCGCCGCCGUCGUUCACGACGCCGGUCGAGGCCAGGGUCACCAGCACGGUCGUCUACAACGACCGCCUCACCGUCUACCUCAUCGACGCCGUCCUGGUUCCGGGAGCGCCGGCGCUGUUCGACUACUCGGACAUCUUGGUGACCACUUGCGUCAUGCUCGGGCUCAUGAUGUUAGUCUUGGGGUCGUGUGGUGCCAUUUGUUCGUGAAUGAGAAGAUCGUGCCAGAGUUGCGCCAUAGGCGAUCUCCGUCCUUGAUGUACACGCUGGUGUUCAGCGCAGUUGGGCAAAGGGCACUGUUGGUGGCACGUUCGGUCCAUGUAUCCCAUCCAUGGCCGUCGUUUUGCACGGUGUAGGUCUGUCACUUGUCUAAACACUAGUACUACCAUCUCCUGUGCUUGUGUGUUCUCUAUCUUGUAUAUA